AUGUUAAACAAAAAACUUGUCUUCUAUAGUGCUAAAGAAGCGAUACAACUAAUAAAAAAAAACUUGCAGAUAAAGCUAAGCAAUCAAGAAUGGCGAUCAAUCGCAUUAACACUAACUUUACUUGAGGCAUUGGUCAAGAACUGUGGAAAAAUAGUACACAUUGAAAUAGCCAAUGAAGGUUUUCUUCGUGCUUUAAAAGCAAUCAUUCCUCCGAAAAAUAAUCCACCUUUACCUAUCGAAGAACAAGUCCUCGGUAUGAUACAAUAUUGGACAUUUGCAUUUGGUGACGAGCCUGGCUUUGAAAUUAUCCGAGAAUUAUAUCAAGUAUGCAAAGAUCAACACUUUAAAUUUCCACCAGCCGACGAACAACACGUAAUUCAAACGUCAUUGUCGACGGAAAUUCCAGCAAAAAAUUCAGCACCACUCUCUCGAACAAUGUCUCAAUCAUCAUCAAGGAGCAUGACUCGUCCGAAAACGGCAAUGCCUUCCUAUAAUCGAACUGAUUCUGUCGAUGCAGAUCAAUAUCAACAUGAUACAAAUACUUCACCAGUUAUUCGUCAUUUACCGGAUGAACAGAUUGCUAAACUUCGUAGUGAACUCGAUCUUGUUCACAUUAAUUUAGAUGUGUUCGAAGAAAUGAUUGCAAAAUUAAAACCAGGCUAUGAACAUGCAGAAGACUGGCAGCUCUUUACACAAAAACCGGUUGAUACGGAUGAUAACGAUUCGGACUCGAAUCAAACUGUAGAAGAACUAAAAAGACCAUCGACUGGCCGCAAAUCAUUGCCAACGAAUCGUGGAUCAUUAUCGACUGUAGAGUACAAUGUCAGUCCUGGGAAUCUGUCUGAACGACGUUCUAAUGUACCAACACGAAACUCCGAAACACAGGAACAUGAUGAUCAAUCAAUAUUACCAAUGAAACUUCGAAAUAUCAAGCUUGCUCCAUUGCCAGAUGCUGUACCACGAUCAACAACUAAAGCCACAACUGUAAAACGUGCAAUGUCUGCUGCUGGUUCUAUCAAACUUAAUCGAAAUCAAGAAAAGAUUCAGGAUCAGCCUAAUAAUGAAACUUCUGUCACUGGAUCGGAAGUUUCAUUAAGAGUCAAACGAUUGACAACUUCUGAUGACAAUUCUGCUGAUGGUAACUACAAAAUUACUCAAUAUCGUUAUGUUACAUCGGAUGCAAAAAAAUGA